AUGAGCUCUUUGUAUAGUGUCCCUUUUAGCGUCACAUUUUAUGAGCCGGUCAAACCUGUCACAGAAUCCACUAAAAUGUCUCAAUUCAGUAUACACACUGAUCUGGUGUCGCGGAUAAGUCGCGGUCAAGAUCUUAACAGUAUUUUCUUUUACUCACCCACGGAAGGAAAAUGCCUUCUCGAAGGCACACUCUCGGUUGCAACCUCGGGACUACCACUAGUGACAUGGUACUCGGAAAUGACUUUGGUCCUGAAUGGAUUCCUUGGCGAGGGAACAUUGGUCUUAGCCUGUCUGCCAGGACUUCGAUGGCGCGAUUUACUGAGCAGUCUUUCUAAAAGCCUGAAGUAUCUCAGACAGGUCAAAAUACUUAUUGAACUGGAAGGAGAUAGAGACGAUAUACUUGUUCGUCAGGUGCUUGAAUUUUGUCAGAGCCAAGACAUGAUCAAUGUCAAUGUUAUUUUCGGUGAUUUUAUCAUAACUCAAGCGGUAUACUCCUUCGAGGCCUACCCAGAAUUCGAAAUGGUGAGCCAGAUUUUCGCAGAAGACUCUCAAGUAUUUAGUCUUUACCCGGACAAGAUGUCUGACCUCCGCGGUGGUCCCAUCCGCACCAUGCCGGACUACUCCGAGCCAAAUACCAUUCUCUACGAAGACAAGCAGGGCAACAGACAGAUCCUAGGCUACCUAUGGGACGUAAUGGAGGCGUAUGCCCGUAAACACAAUGCCCGAUUGCAGGUGGUCAAUAAGUAUGCGGAUGACAGGUCCCUAAACUUUAUCGAGGUCUUGGACGUGGGUCGAAGCGGCAUUGUCGAUGUGGCCGCCAGCAUUCAGCCAAUGUCAAUGGGCGUACAGGACCGCUACCACGAGAUGUCCUACCCGGUAGACUUGACCAGCUGGUGCACCAUGCUGCCAGUGGAGCGCGACCUCGAUGUGUCAGAGUUGCUCUCCAGGGUGAUGCCGUACCGCACCUUUGGCUUUCUGGUAUUGCUAUGGAUUUGCUACGAAGUACUGCGUGGACGUUGGAGACGGCAUCAGAGGCUCCAGAAGAUCGGCUGGCUGGUGUUGGCCACGAUGCUAAGCUCCAACUACUUGGGCAGACUGUUCACCUUUCUCUCCAAUCCUCCCUCCGUGCCUCCGAUCGACAGUUUGGCGGCCCUGAUCGAGUCCCCGGUGCGCAUCUUCUCCAUUCGCACUGAGUACUCCUCUAUCGAGUUCACCAAGCGCACCAAGUACUCAGCGGCAUUUCGACUGACCUAUAAACAAUCUGACCUCAUAGCGAAGCGUAACUCAAUGAACACCUCCUUUGGCUACACCAUCACCAACACAAAGUGGAAACUCUUUGAGGAGCAGCAGAAGCGCAGCUCAAGGCCUCUCUUUAGGUACUCUACGUCGCAGGACCUGUGCUUCUACGAGAUGGUGCCCUUUGGCUUUGUCAUUCCGGAGAACAGUCCCCAUCGCACCACCAUGCAUCACUUUUCCCUGCAGCUGCGGGAGUCGGGAUUGUUCGAUCUAUGGGUAUCUCGGGGCUUUUCCUAUAUGGUAAGGGCGGGAAAGAUGCACUUUGCCGACCUGAGGAUGCGAUACCGGGCCGAGACCUUGAAUAUAACGGAUUUAAGAAAUGUAUUUAUGGUAUUCGGCGUUGGUGCUGUGGUCAGCAUAACUCUCUUUGCCUGUGAACUGAUUGCCAACUGGAUAAAGUUAUGGCUGGGUUUUUAA